AGACCUCUCUCUGGUUCUGGUGAGGUCCAUGUGAAGCAGCUUGGUCCUGGAUGAGACCACGAGAUGCUCGGAUUCCUCCUCCGAGCGCGCGCAGCAGCUGCAGCACAUCUGGCUGCCUCUGAGGUGAGGUAAGAGGAGGAAGAGGAGAAGAUGUUCUGCGCCAAGCUGAAGGAGCUGCAGCUCUCCGGAGACUGUCCGUUCUCCGGCACCGAGCUCCGGGACCCGGAGGAGCGCGCCGCGGACCUCCUGCCGAUUUCCACGGACGUGCACGGACAAACGGGCGAGGAUGCGCGUCGACACAGAGCAGGCAGAGGCAAAGUUAGCCUGCACACACUUGGAGACAGCAUCCGAAAACUGGCGUGCCCAGAGUUUGAGAGGCUGCACGCUGCCCUGCUCAGAAUGAUGACAGCAGCAGAUCCCAGCAGUCCUGCCGUUUGUUGUCCUCACAACCAGACCUGCAGAAGUGAAGCAGAACAUUUAGUAGAGAUGAUGCACAGUUACUCAACCAAAACAGGAGUCCAGAUGGACGCUCUGAAAGUCGCCCUCGGCGAGGAGAUCUUCAGCGUGUGUUAUGAGGAGGAUGGGCAGAUUUUGAGAGUGGUGGGGGGAGCUCUGCACGACUUCCUCAACAGCUUCAAUGUCCUGCUGAAGCAGAGCAGCGUGCAGCCCGACCUGGGCGAGGGCCGCUGUGGAAACGAACCAUCGGUGCUGUGCUUGGACAAGGAUCCAGGUCUGCUGACGGUCUACUUCUUCAACCCCGACCCCACCACCGAGCUGUUCUUCCCUGGUGUGAUUAAAGCCGCUGCACGCCUGCUGUACCGCACGGCCGUGGAGGUGUUGAAGGAUCCCCUCAACACCAGAGACAGCAUCCUGCAGUCCAGCCCUCAAACCAGUCUUCUGUACACAGUGGUGGUCAAAGAGGCCAAAAUCCUGAGCCCCAGCCCCCUGCGGGCCACCUCUGCUGGGACCCUCCCUACCUCUCUCUUCUCCACCAUCUUCCCUUUCCAUCUGAUCCUUGACCAGGACCUGGUUCUGGUGCAAAUAGGACACGGGCUCAGGAAGAGGCUCACCAGGAGGGAUGGACAGAGGCGAUCCUCUACCUUCCAGGAACACUUCUCCAUUGUCUCUCCACAGAUCAAAUGCACCUUUCAGAGUAUUCUGACCAUGUUAAACGCUCAGUUUAUCAUCCGGAUCAAACAUGGAGGCUCCAGCACCGACAACACAGGCAAGCUCACGGACCUCAAAGGUCAGAUGAUUUAUGUCUCCGAGUCAAACGCCAUCUUGUUCCUGGGCUCGCCGUGCGUGGACAAGCUGGAGGAGCUGACGGGCCGUGGCCUCUACCUGUCAGACAUCCCCAUUCAUAACGCUCUGCGGGACGUGGUCCUGGUUGGAGAACAGGCCAAAGCCCAGGACGGUCUGAAGAAGCGGCUGGGGAAAGCCAAAGCGGCGUUGGAGCAGGCUCACCAGGCGCUGGAGGAGGAGAAGAAGAAGACGGUGGACCUCCUUUUCUCUAUCUUUCCGGGCACCGUGGCCCAGCAGCUGUGGCAGGGGGAAACGGUCCAGGCCAAGAAGUUUGAGCAGGUCACGAUGCUCUUUUCUGACCUGGUGGGCUUCACGGCCGUUUGUGCCGUCUGCACACCCAUGCAAGUGAUCACCAUGCUCAACGAGCUGUACACCAGGUUUGACCACCAGUGUGGGGAGCUGGAUAUUUACAAGGUGGAGACCAUCGGUGACGCCUAUUGUGUAGCUGGUGGUUUACACAAGGAGAGUGAGACCCACGCUGUCCAGAUUGCACUCAUGGCUUUAAAGAUGAUGGAGCUCUCAGAUGAAUGCAUGACACCAACUGGAGAACCAAUACAGAUGCGUAUUGGCCUCCACAGUGGCUCGGUGUUGGCUGGCGUUGUUGGGGUCAAGAUGCCGCGGUACUGUCUUUUUGGAAACAACGUCACGCUGGCCAACAAGUUUGAGUCCUGCAGCCAGCCCAGGAAGAUCAACAUCAGCCCUACAACCCACAGGUUGCUGAGAGGUCGCCCAGAGUUCAUCUUUGUUCCCAGGAGUCGACAGGAGCUUCCGCCCAACUUCCCAGAAGACAUCCCUGGUGUUUGUUACUUUCUGGAGGCGGCCUUCAAAACUUCCAAACUGACUAAGAAAUGAAGCCAAGCUGCCACGAAUCCCUGAAUUGCAGAUACGAGAAAUAAAAAAACAGAGUCAAAGAAUUACAGUGC